AUGGAGGCCACAGUGGGAGUGUUGUUUAACGGCUCGGCCAGCUCGAUCAAGACACAAAUAUUUAUUAUCUUAGACCAACUCAUUGCAGGCGAUGGAGAGACUCCACCGCUGGAAGGUGAGGAAACCAGUACGGCCCUGCAAGCCAGCAUCACCAAAGUCGCCUUUGUUUUCGCCAUCUCCAUCUGGUCCGGGUUCCAGGGCAAAGGCAAGAAGGGCAAUAUCAACUUCCGCGUCGGCUCCCAGGAUAUUAUUGAUAUUAUCAGCCACUCGAUAGAGAAGUUUGCCAGGUCUGGCAAAGUUGGUGCCAAGGGCAGGAUGUCGUGCAAGGGGACCGUCGGUCAAGACGUUGAGAAGGGACUGUAUUAA